CUCUGAACCACAAGUUACUUCCCACUUCCCACUUCAUCAUCUUCUUCCACAUGACCGCAGCUCACCAAAACUGCCAAUGACGAUGGCAGUUUCACUCUCACCCCUUCUUUCCCCCUCAAUCCCCACUACUACUCGAAAUUACCCCAAAACCCUCCUCAACCGCAGCAACUCCCUCACCAUCAACCUCAACCGCGUCAAAUUUACCCCCAAUUGCACCUCCAAAGACACCCAACUCGAAUCCCCACCGUCCACCCAACUCGACUGCGUAGGCACCGGAACCGACGUCGAGUCCGAACCCGAAGACCCAUCAUCCGAAAGCCCAAAACUGCCGGACGAAUUGUCGUUGGUGGGGGUAUUAUGGGAAUGGGGAUUGCUGGUGUCGCCGUUCUUUUUCUGGGGGACGGCGAUGGUGGCGAUGAAGGAGGUGUUGCCUAAGACGGGUCCGUUUUUUGUUUCCUCGUUUAGGCUGAUUCCGGCUGGAGUUUUGUUGGUUGGUUUUGCUGCAGCCAGAGGUCGGCCUCUUCCCUCUGGAGUCAUGGCGUGGUUGUCCAUUUCUCUGUUUGCACUAGUGGAUGCUACUUGUUUUCAGGGAUUUCUUGCUGAAGGUUUAGAGCGGACAUCAGCAGGUUUGGGCAGUGUGAUAAUUGAUUCUCAGCCUUUGACAGUGGCUGUACUAGCCUCCCUGUUAUUUGGUGAAUCCAUUGGGUUCGUUGGAGCUGCAGGACUUGUGCUCGGUGUCAUUGGCCUUCUACUUCUUGAGGUACCUGCGCUUUCUUUAAAUGGUAGCAACUUCUCACUGUGGGGGAGUGGAGAGUGGUGGAUGCUCCUGGCAGCUCAAAGCAUGGCAGUGGGUACGGUCAUGGUUCGCUGGGUUUCCAAGUACUCUGAUUCUGUUAUGGCCACUGGAUGGCACAUGGUAAUAGGUGGACUUCCCCUUGUAGUGAUCUCUUUUCUGAAUCAUGACCCUGCCCUCAAUGGCAGUUUUAUGGAGCUUACAUCCAAUGACCUUUUGGCACUCCUUUAUACUUCUCUUUUUGGAAGUGCCAUCAGCUAUGGUGUAUACUUCUACAAUGCUACACGAGGUAGCUUGACAAAGCUCAGCUCCCUAACCUUCCUAACUCCAGUGUUUGCUUCAAUUUUUGGGUACCUCUAUCUUGGCGAAACCUUCGCACCUGUGCAACUAGUCGGAGCUGUCGUUACUCUUGCAGCAAUAUACAUGGUUAAUUACAGGAACAGUUUGGAGUAACAAACAAAAAGACACAAGUAAAAUAGAAGGCAAGCUGGAUAUCCAGCUUUAAUUAUUGGCUCUUCUACGUUGUACCGGUCGCUGUUUACAUGCAUACGUGGAAGAACAGCAAGGCUUAUGUCUCACAGAUGAAAAGUGGAAACAGGGUUUGAAGGUACUUACCACCACACACCGGACAAUCCCACUGACUAUGAUAUGAGGUGUCGAUAUUGUGCAAUCAUUGGUAGGCAAGGCCUUCUUUGGGUUAAUUUGUUAUAGAGAUCUGUAUUGUAUUCUUUAUCAGUUCUUGAAUGGGAAAUGGACUGAAUGGGCUCAAGGUGGUUUCUGUACUGUAUAUUACCCAGAUAAUGCAAGCAUUUGUUGUAGAGAUCUGUAAUCAGUUCUUGAAUGGGAUGGACUCAAGUUGGUUUCUGUACUGUACAUUACCCAGAUAAUGCAAGCGUUUUCCAGAUGUUCUGCUGAA